UACAGUAUCCACUACAGUGCAAGAUCGUCCUCCCGGAAGUAAACAAAUAUGGCGACGGAAGAUAACUUGACUCUUGAAAAUUUUACUUGCUCCAUUUGUCGUGAUAUUUACAAAGAUCCAGUAUCGAUUCCUUGUGGAAAUAACCACAUAGUAUGUAAAGAAUGUGUGCAACAUGUCAUGCAAGAUCGGGAUCCAAGAUGUCCUGUCUGUCGAGCAAAAUUUAGAACAAGUCAUGUCAGGCUCCUAGAAUCAUUGAAACAAGAUAUGGCAAGAAAAGAACUGCCUUGUUUUGGAUGCGGUAGUCAGGUCAUUAUAUCCCAGAUGAAUCAACAUUUGGAAGUCUGUGAUAGAAUAGAUAAGAGUAUAACCUACUUUAAACCAGUGAAAGAAACAUCUCAACUUGUACCUAGGAAUUUACCAAACAGGUCCACAUUCAAGUGCCCAUACUGUAAUGUGAAGAAUUUAGAUACAACCGGUCUUGUAAAACAUUGUAACGAAAGACAUAGUUCAAGUCCUGGUGCUGUGGUUUGUCCAGUUUGUGCUUCUAUGCCAUGGGGAAAUAAAGGUCAGACUAGUAUGAAUUUUAUACAACAUCUGAACAUGAGGCAUAAUUUUGAAUAUGACACUUAUGUGGACUAUGGACAAGACGAUGAUGCAAUGCUGAGAGCAGCACUACAGGCCUCACUGAAAGAUUCCUGAAUACUGAUACUACUGGCAUGCGAGCAGUUCCCGUACAGAAGCAGUACCCGUAUUUUUCAUUUAAACGCUUGAUUUUUACUUGCAAUCUUCAAAAAUUCAUUUCAAAUCAAGCAGAUGCAUAAAAGAGACAAAAUCUAAGUGUCAGUUCGGCAGUACGUAUAAAAGUCUCAUUUUAAAUCACUUUCACCUGUGCGUUGUCAAAACGUGACCUUGUUUUCUCUGGGGGAUUCAGUCCUUGCGUGCAUGCGCUAAAAUACCUACACGUGAGGCCUGUUAAAGGGUUUUCCACUAAUACCACCUGUUUACAGAUAAGAAGGCAAAGUGAUGAAAACUUGUUUAAUUAUCAGAAUUUUGAUCAAUAUUACUAUAUUAAAUAAUUUUAUGGCUUUGAUGCGUAAAAUAUCAUGCAUACAAGCAUGCCAUUGUAUGAGAAUGCGUUGGGGUAACGGUACCGGGUAAUAGAUACCAGCGUUUAGUCUACGCUCUAUUUCCUGAAUUACAUCUAUUUAUCUCUUAGAAAAUGGUCUGUUCAACAAUUAUAAUUGAAAAAUAGGUCCGAUAUAACAAAAUUGUAUAAUUAUAAUGGGUUAAAUUUUAUGUACGGGAACUACUUCUCUUCAUACAAAAUAAUGGAUAAUUUCGGUACCCCAUAUGAGGCCUCAUAACUAAGGGUUAUUCUAUGUUUAGAACAUGAUGGAAUUUCCAUGAUUUGUGUGACGAGCCGAAUAGUGAUGUGUAACAUUCAAAUUUUGGUGAGUGAGCGUAAUAAAAAAUAAUGUUUAAGUAACUACGAUUUUUGUACGGGAACUGCUCGCAUGCCAGUAUAGCAAAUAUAAUAUAUUUAUAUGUAGUGUUGUGCACAGAGAACUGAUGUUUCAGUUCAACACAACUUUGAUAUAAUUUAUUGAAAUAUAACAAUGGUUUAUGACUGUUAUGAUUAACAUUUAAACAUUUACAAGAGACCUUUUUUUUUAGCUCACCUGUCACAAAGUGACAGGGUGAGCUUUUGUGAUCGCUUUUCGUCCGGCGUCCGUCCGUCCGUCCGUCGUCCGUCCGUCCGUAAACUUUUGCUUUAAAUGACAUCUCCUCAUAAACCACUGAGCCAAUUUCAUCCAAACUUCACAGGAAUGUUCCUUUGGUGGUCACCUUUAAAAAUUGUUCAAAGAAUUUAAUUCCAUACAGAACUCUGGUUGCCAUGGCAACCGAAAGAAAAAUCUUUAAAUAUCUUCUUUUAAACAACCCUAAGAGCUAGAGCUAAGAUAUUUGGCAUGAAACAUCUUCUAAUGAGUGUCUACCAAGUUUGUUCAAAUAAAAGCCCUGGGGUCAAAAUUGGCCCCGCCCCAGGGGGUCAUUGAUUUUCCCUAUAUGCAUAUAGUAAAAACUUAAAAAAUCUUCUUUUAAAGAACCCAAAGAGCUAGAGGUAAGAUAUUUGGCAUGAAACAUCUUCUAGUGAGUGUCUACCAAGUUUGUUCAAAUAAAAGCCCUGGGGUCAAAAUUGGCCCCGCCCCGGGGGUCAUUGAUUUUCCCUAUAUGCAUAUAGUAAAAACUUAAAAAAUCUUCUUUUAAAGAACUGUAAGAGCUAGAGCUUAGAUAUUUGGCAUGAAACAUCUUCUAGUGAAUGUCUACCAAGUUUGUU